GCGGCAACGUAAACUCGGCGAGACUGACGCGGGACUCGACUCGGGCCUUCCCCCGGUUCGACUUUGGGCCGAGUGGUCCGCGGGCAAACGAUACAUUUUUUUUAUUCUUCCCCCCCUUUUUACGCGAUUACUAUAUUGUACAUGGUGUUUGUACGUGUUGGGUUUUUUUGUUACUUUAAGCGGGGGGGGGGGGGGGGAGAGAAACAUUUUUUCCUCACGAGUGGUUUGCGAGGGAGCGCGGUCCAAUCAGACGUCGCCUUGUAGCCACUGCAGGAAGUUCCCGCCCAUACACCAACGUGCGCCGCCAUCCACCCGCGUUACAGCCCGUCGCUGUGCGCUCUAGUAACUAAUUAUUCGGUACUGUAGCCUUCAAUUAAGUAACAUUCGUUGCGCUCGUCAUUAUUUACCUCCAGACAGCCUUUGUUGGUUUUUUUUUCAUUGUUCGUUUGAUUGGAUUUCCGCUCCCCGCACCGGCGGAGGCGUUGAACUGGGGCUCCCGCCUGCGGCCUAGCGAAGGCUCCCCUCGGAGUUUCCAGGCAAGGCCGGGAAUCCCGGCAGGGCCCGCGGAGGGAUUCGCAAUGAGCGCGGCCAAGCCAACCAAGAUAUCAUGGAAACUGCAGGAGUUUGUGGCGCAUGGGAGCGACGUUUCGUGUCUGGCUCUCGGCCGCAACUCUGGCCGCGUCAUGACGACGGGCGGUGAGGACCACAAGGUGAACCUGUGGGCCGUCGGCAAGCCCAACUGCAUUAUGAGCCUGUCAGGGCACACGUCCCCGGUGGAGUGCGUGCGGUUUAAGGACACGGAGGAGCUGGUGCUCGCCGGGUCGCGGUCAGGCGCUCUCAAAAUCUGGGACCUCGAGGCUGCCAAGAUUGUGCGGACGCUGACGGGACACAAGUCGAGUGUACGGAGUCUCGACUUUCACCCAUAUGGGGAGUACGUCGCCUCCGGCUCACUGGACACCAAUGUCAAGCUCUGGGACAUCAGGCGCAAGGGAUGCAUAUUCACCUACAAGGGCCACACAGACUGUGUCAACUGCUUGCGGUUCAGCCCUGAUGGGCGCUGGAUCGCAUCUGCUGGCGAGGAUGGGACAGCCAAGCUUUGGGACCUCACUGCUGGCAAGCUGCUAUACGAGUUUACAGAUCACAUGGCUGCUGUCAGCUCACUGGAGUUCCACCCCAACGAGUUCUUGCUUGUCACAGGCAGCGCCGACAGGACGGUGCGGUUCUGGGACCUUGAGAAAUUUCAAUUGGUUAGCGCCUCGGAAGGGGAAGCUUGCGGUGUCAGGUGCGUGCUGUUUAACCCGGACGGCUCGUGCCUAUUCAGCGGCUCCCAAGACAUGAUGCGUGUCAUGGGAUGGGAGCCGUUCCGCUGCUUCGACUCGCUGCACGUGGGCUGGGGCAAGCUGGCUGACCUUUCCAUCCUCUCCAACCAACUGAUCGGCGCCUCGUUUCAAAAAUCGACGGUGUCCGUGUACAUUGUGGACCUGGCGCAGGUGAACAAAAGUGGCCUGGGCCUGCUUGCGGCGGACAGGCCAGCUGCCCCUCUCUCGCCCAACGCCACGCCGUCGAGAGCGAAUUACGUGCGCCCGCACACCAGCAGCUCCAAGCAGGCCAACGAGAUGAAAAGAGAACCAGAGCAGGAGGCGCGAGGAGGAAACGGGGAUGAAGAGGAAGAGGAAUCUUCAUCAGCAGAAAUUACCAACCCUGACGAGUACAAGAAGAUCUUCCAGCCCAGCCCAAUGUUAGAUCGAACACCUCCCAAAAAAGCUGAACCCUUUCCUGCCCCUCCAGAGGAAGAUGGACUUCUCGGGAAGAACGUUCUAGCUGUUGUUCAUAAUGACCGACCACUGACCAAAGCCAGGAGACAGGUCCCAUCGGUGGUGGUCAGCGAGGAUCCGGCAACCAAUCAGACGGAGGCAGCUGUGGUACCUGGAGGCAGGAAGGCCCCUUUAGGCUUACGGGCGGCCGACUUCUUACCCAACCCCGAGCGGGAGAUGACCGAGGAGGAAGUCCUGUCGCAGGUGCGCAAGGGAUACGAGACCCUCUGCACUCUCUUGACUGAUCGGCACAAGAAGCUCAAGAUUGUACUUGCGCUAUGGACCAGCUGUGAGAUAAAGACGGCCAUCGAUGCUGCCAUCUCUAUGAACGACGCUGCCGUCAUUAAUGACGUCCUCGGCAUCAUGAACUCAAAGCCCUCCCUUUGGAGGCUGGACCUAUGCCCAGCACUCAUCCCUCAGAUAGAAAAGCUCCUGCAUAGCAAAUAUGAGAGUUACGUUCUCACCGGAUGCGUGGCCCUCAAGAUCAUCCUGCAAAACUUUGCUUCGGUCAUCAAGGGCAACCUGACAGUUCCGCCGUCGUCCAUGGUGGACAUCACACGCGAGGAGAGAUAUCAGAAGUGCAAGGUGUGCCAUCGGCUUCUCAUGAACCUGCGACCUCUGUUGGACAGCAGAAAGACUCGAUCUGGACGUGUGAGCGGUGCCUUCCGUGAACUCGGAAUGCUCAUGAUCACGUUCGAUUGAACUUUCCUGGCCAGCGCACACAAGUACCCUCCUCCUGGUGGCUCCUCAGCCGAGCCACACGGAGCCCGGUGGAGCAGUGCACGCGGGCGCUGAAACAAGGCGUGGUCAGGGCUCCCGACGUUCCGCCCGAGAACGGUCUCUCCCAGUGGGCUUGUCCCCGCCGUACGGCUCAACAAGUUGUCAUUGAUUACGUCAGCUGCUUCAUUUUUUUUUUCUUUUGCAGCAUGACUGGAAUUUACAAUCUUAAUUGCAGCCGCCAUUCCUCUGGGCACACAGAAAACACUCACGGUAUGGAGACGGGACGGUGCUUGAUCACUGUGGGUCACAGUCAAGCGGAAGAUUGUUUUUUUUACAAACUCAACUGUGGUGUGAUCCAAGUCUCGUUUUAUUUUUUUUCUUCAAAAAUGUGGAAUUGACUUCUGAGAAACAGAGUGGUCAGAUUUGCAGAGUGCCUCCUGUGGCACAGAAAACAACAUCACGCAAGAAGGAAGUGCCGUGCCUCCCUGAUGCGUAUGGCAGAGGGCGGGGAGGCCCGCUUUUUGCGCCGUAAAAGAACUUGCGUUGAGACGCUCAUUCAUUCUGCCGCGUGACCAGAGAGGCUCGUGAUAACGCAGCCCUUGAACCCAGACGGAGUCGAAAAAGAGCAGUCGUAAUAUUCGGGAGGAUGGUGAUGAAGCCACUUGGAAUAAAUGCAACUCUUGAAACUUUUUUGUUGCUUGUGAAGCAUUUGCAUUUUUUUUUGUUAUCGGGGACUUGCUCUGCGAUUGCACAUGCAAAACAUGCAGUCGAGUGUGCGCAUGCUGGUUGCUGUGCCAGAGAGAAACGCCGCGUUGUGAGGAACUGGCUUGAGCUGUGCCUCUCGGGCUGGUUGAGAACCUUGCCUCCUUGGGAUGUGUGUUUAGCACGUACAGUGGUGCCUGCAGAAGCCUUGGGAUGACCUGUGACCAGUGUGUGGUUCUUUUUUUUUGUUUAUUUGGGAGAAGAUCCUGAGAGGAAGGGUGCCCUGUCGUGCAUGUGUCGCUCUGCCCGUGCCUCCAUUGCAUCGCGUUUAGUCUCGGCGUUGUACAACUGUGAUAAAUGGGACGGUCAACAAAACAACAGAAAGUGAAAGGUGAAGAUCACAAUUAUUUCCCUUCGGGAAAGUGUGUACGAACGUGUUUGUUGACGUCGAUCUUUUUGUAUAUAUAGUGACUUCAUUUUAUAUUUGUUGUCAAACAAAAAUAUUUCUAAGCACUAUAACAUUUGGCAGUUAAUAUGCACUAAUACUUGUAAAAUACACUUAAGCAUAUUGUAAAAAAAAACUGCCAAAUUCCAAUAUUUGUGACCUCUCUGCCCAGCAUUGACGUGUAAGGGGACACACGUGUUCGUGUAAGGGGGCAUACACACGUGUUCGUGUAAGGGGGCAUACACACGUGUUCGUGUAAGGGGGCAUACACACGUGUUCGUGUAAGGGGGCAUACACACGUGUUCGUGUAAGGGGGCAUACACACGUGUUUGUGUAAGGGGGCAUACACACGUGUUUGUGUAAGGGGGCAUACACACGUGUUCGUGUAAGGGGGCAUAAACACGUGUUCGUGUAAGCGCACGCAUUUACACUUGUACAGUGUACACUGAAGAAUCUUAACAGAACAAGCUGGAGUGCACGGAUGAACUAUGCACAACCUCAUUACGCCAGAAGGUAGCCAUCGUGUUCCAUGUGUUUAUGCAGACUCCCAAGAAGCACUUUGGUGUGCCUGAUUUCCAUCCCAAGAACCCUGUCAGCUUUUGCUUCCCACUGCACCAAAUGAGUACUGCAGAGAGCAAGGGGCAUGCCUUAUUAAAAACUAAAAAAAAAUCGCAGGUUGAGUGUGCAGGUAUAACAACUGCAUCUGAACAACAAUAAACAAUCCGCUUUCGAGUCAACUUUUAAACGUUUUGUUUUCUUUGAAAUGAAAAAGUAACACCCUUGCUUCGGUUGUAUUGUGAGUGGUGCCGGUGUCCAUUUUUGGCUGGGGUUAUGACACGGUGCAACUGUAAAAAUGAGAUGUCAGCUUCGGUGUACACUGCAAGCGAAUGGAUGAGGUGCUUCCUUCCCCGUGUAACAUUUGUGUUGGGGAAAAAUGGGUGGUGUGACAUGCAUUACUAAUGCGGUCAGACACAACAAAAUUCUAAUCUUAGAACAUUACCGCUGCAUUGGUAUACGAAGUUUUUUUUGGUAUUCUAUUUUAAAGCUACGUUUCCACAAUGCAUUGUACAUUUAUUACAUGCAUUGAAAUGAUACGGAUAGUUUCCUGCAAUGGCAAAUGACAUUUGGCAUUUUGAUUCAGCUCCUUUGAAGCUGACGUCAUAUAUUAGCGACUAUUUAGGUCAACAAAUAAUGCCAUGCUGAAAUACCACAAACUACCGGUGAUUGGUUAGUCAAUUCAAGGUCAGCCGAUGCUGUCAAUGAAUAUUAAGUGAAUGCUUUCAUCUGCACCUUUGUUUCAGUGGGGGGUUAAUGUGAAUGUGAUAUCAAGCAUACCUUACAAAAUGUUCGUUAACAUUUCAGUAAAAAAACAAUGUAGGUUUUGUUGUGCCCUGUAGUGGAUGGGCUUAUCUGAAAUAACCCUAGCUCUGAUCACAUUCACUGCUGCAAUUACUGUCACUGACCGCACCAUUUAAAAUAGGCCAUACGUCUGACUUCAUUCAACACGAGUAAUGAUCACUAUGAAAGGACCAUUUCUCAAGAACCCCCAAGUAAUUCCUGCAUGCGAUUACAACACGUCUAGUAUAAGUGGGAGAAGUAGUUUAUAUAUUCUCCAUGUCUGAGAGUGCUAACCAUCAGGGGCUUUUCAAAAUGUACAUAUUCAUAUUGGGUCUUUUUUUGCUUAAUAUUAUUUUUAGGGCUAUUUAAAUUUGUAUUGGAUGGAAUGGAAUUCAAAAUAAAACUAGUUUGUGCUUUUGUUCA